ACAACAUAUAUGAUCAAAAAUAUUCCAAAUAGAUUAACACAAAGAAAAUUUUUAGAAAUUAUUAGAGCAGAAUAUUUUGGUUCGAUUGACUUUUUGUAUUUACCAAUUGAUCCACAUUCUAAAGUAAAUUAUGGCUAUGCUUUUGCUAAUAUACCAAAUCAUCAAGAUGCCAUUCAAUUUUUUAAAGUAUUUCAUCAUAAAUGUUGGAAGCAUUCAUGGAAUGAUAAAAUUUGUCAAUUAACCUUUGCCUCUAUUCAAGGAAAAGAUUCUCAAAUUUCAAAUAUAUUAAAU